UUGUGAAAGUUCGCACCGGACGUCUCUAAGUUUCUUCAUGCCAGCUUGACAGACGACUGGAAAGCGACCAGAUGGAAUUCAGCUCUGCCUUCUUAACAGAUUCCACACAUUUUAAAUUGUAUCGCACACAUUUUUAGCGGACUUUCCUGCUAACAACCAGCCCUGGCGUGACCACAGAAGCCUAUCCGAGAGGCUCGCCUGCGCUGUGAACCGGGACAGAAGCGGUGAAGACAUCCAGAGAUACCCCCCACCAAACAUCUUCCCACUGAAGGUCCCAAGGCGAGUGUGUGCCCAUCAUGCCGCUGUUUGGUAAAUCCCACAAGAGUCCGGCGGACAUCGUCAGGACCUUGAGGGAGAACCUGGCCAUCCUGGUCAAACAGGAUAAGAAGACAGAAAAGAUUUGGACGAGGAAGGCCCCACUUGUCGAUAUAUUCUGCUUCCCACCAAGAGGUCCUCUUUUAUACUGCCUGAAAGGGUACGAGACACCUCAGGUAGCGUUGAAUUGUGGGAUCAUGCUAAGGGAGUGCAUCCGCCACGAGCCGCUCGCCAAGAUAGUCCUUCACUCGGACCAUUUCAACAGCUUCUUCAACUACGUGGAGAUGUCCACCUUUGACAUCGCCUCCGACGCCUUCGCCACCUUCAAGGAUCUCCUGACAAGACACAAAGUGCUUGUGGCUGAAUACCUCGAACAGAACUACGAUGCUGUGUUUGCAGACUAUGAGAAGCUGCUGCAUUCUGAGAACUACGUCACCAAGAGGCAGUCUCUAAAGCUUCUGGGCGAGCUGCUGUUGGACAGACAUAACUUCACGGUGAUGACGCGCUACAUCAGCAAGCCGGAGAAUCUCAAGCUGAUGAUGAACCUGCUAAGAGACAAGAGUCCCAACAUCCAGUUUGAAGCCUUCCACGUUUUCAAGGUUUUUGUAGCGAACCCCAACAAGACGCAGCCCAUCAUCGACAUCCUGCUCAAGAACCAGACCAAACUAAUCGACUUCCUGAGCAACUUCCAGAAGGACCGCAUGGAUGACGAGCAGUUCAACGACGAGAAGACCUACCUAAUCAAACAGAUCCGGGAUCUGAAGAAACCGGCCUCCUAGAGGAGCUCCCUGCCCUCUACCCCGACUUUUUAUCGAUGGGAAGACAUACAGUAGAAAAAAAAUACAUUAACAAUAAUGGUUACUCUAUUUAAAAAAAAAAAAAUCUUCAAGACGUUAUUUGUCUUUUUUCUCUUUGUUGGUUCAUUUAAAACUUGUGCAACGUAGUUCUCAAUCACUGAUGUUUCUUUUGUAAAUUUUUCUCAUUAAAUAAUUUUUUUUGUAGCAUGUAGUGCCACAACUCAUGGUGUUGGAGGCAGCUGAUUUGCUCUGUUGGGAGAACCAGCGAAAAAGCUUCGGCCAGAAUGGUCCAGUGGCUGUCAGACAAAACACACGUGACCAUUUUUGUAAUUUUAUCACAGUCGCCUGUUAAAGGUGGUCUGUUAGUUGCUGCACACAAGUUAAUUUCUAACUGUUUAAAUGAAGUAGCUGCAAAUCAAAAAAACAAUGAAGAAUUUCUGCUUUUCUUUCUUCUUUAGCUGGGUCAACGUGUCUAGUUGGUAUCUGGCAAAAAUACACUUUAGAGCAAGACCGUCUGAAGUGUGAAACACCUCAGUCAUUGCUAAAAGCUUCGUUAGCCAAAUGGAAACAGUAAUCCUUCUGCUAGCCAAACAUCUCUCUUAUUGUACUGCCAAAGCCAAUGACUGCUACAGUUUUCUCUCUAAAACUAAAAAGCAUCAACACAUGCCAACGAAGAAUCAUGGAUUCACACUCUCGUCUUCCUUACUAUUCCUCAAAAACUAAUGUUUUAACGCAAAACUAUUUUUCGUGUUGGUAAUUUAACGAGGGAAAGGCUGAAGCAGUUCUCUGAAGUUGAGAACACUCUACAACAUAAUAAUAAUAAUAAUAAUAAUCAAUUGGAAAAUGGUUGGUGGGCCACCUGGCACCCUAUUUGGCCCACAGGCUUUAUUUUAAAUGCUUCGGCAGGUGACUGCAGAUGUUAUCUUGUGCAAUGCUGGAAUUUCUAAAGCCUCUGAACACCCACACAGGAGUUUACAGUUAACCUGGCUGAUUAGACCUCUGCUCAGGACUGUGCGGGCCUGUAUAUUGUGAUUGAGUGACAUCAUGCUGAGUCUCCUGUUAGCUUUGUUGCACCCAUUAGGGCGGGACAAAUGAUACCUUUAUCAUUCUUAUUGGAGAUAAUUCAAAAUUUGUGACGAAAUUCCCAUUCAAAGCUCAAGCCCAACUUCAAACUGAGCAAGUCUAAUCCACCAGAAUAACUGAAAACUGUGUGGGUGUUCAGAGGCUUUAGAAGCAUCAAACUGUGCCACUCUAACUGCAGUAAGAGAAUUAGCUUUAGCAAGACUGCGAAUUUGAGGUGUUUUGAGAGAACUGGUUUUAGUCACAGUUGACCAAAAAUUGCAAAUACAAACUAGUACUCGUAGGAAUAUUUGAAGUCUUUGAAAUGAAAGGCCUUUUUAAAUUGUAUCGUGACAUUGGGCUACUAUCGGUACAGUAAGCUUCAAUCAUUUCGAUCACUGGUUCUCUUCGUUGGUGGCUGAUAGCACUUUCUGUAAGAUAAAAAAAAAAUAUGAUGAUUCAAAUGUUUUUUCGUUAAUCUUAAGCCGAUCACUGUUUCCACACUGCUUGAUGGUAUUUUUUUUAUAUAUAUAUAGUUUCAUUUCUUGUACAGUUUAUGGUUUGCACACCUGAAGUGAGUGCCAUUGUGAGUGAGAACAUUGAACAUUAACAGGAGGCACUUUGCUGUGUGGAGGAGCUCCUCGUUGAGAGAGGAGAGCAGCUGUAAAGAUGGCUGUUUUUUGCUUCACUUCUUUUUUUCUUUCUGUACUGUAACAAGUGUUUUUGCUCUGUUUUGGAUCUAAUGUUGGUAUUAGAAUGGAAACGUGAGAAGAUUCAGAGGUGCCUUUUUUGGUUUGGUGUGUAUUCCCUUCUUUGCUCUAAUCUUGUUUGUUUUUUUGUAUUUUCAGUAUCUUUCUAGGGGGAGCUUAAUUAUUAUGUUAAUGAAAAUAUGCUCUUGAUAGAACAUAUUUGUUGUGAUUAAGCAGUGAACCUCUUAACUCGCUAUAUUUGAGUUACGCUAUCAAAGAAACAUUUUGAACUUUUUGCAGCUAAUUGGUUGCCAUUGUGUACGGACCAGGGUCACAGUUUCACUUUGAAUUUGUCACCAAUGAGGCGCUGGUUCAAUAUGUGAAUUAUCAACUGUGUCAGCAACUCAAUGUGUAACUCGUCACAGAGUGAGGCCAAAGUUGACCUGCAACAUGAUUUCAAUGGUGAAAUGUAACUGUGAAAAAUCCACCUGUCGUUAAAGGACCAUAAAAUGUGCAGAAUCAGUGAGGUUGGAAUACUACUUUUAAAGUGGUGUUGGUUUUAUAUUUGACUUGGAAAUGAAAAACUAUUCUGUUUUCUAAAAAUGAAGAAAUCAAGUGAGUAAAAUUUUGAAUUUAUUUCCCAAUCAAUAUUUGAUGUGCAACCAUUAUAUUAUUAAAAAAUUACAAGUCUUUUUAAUUGGCCCUUCAUAAGCCACGCCCAUUUUUGGUAUGUGCUAUUGGAGCACAGAGCAAAAAGGGCCAGGGUCUUAGGAAGGAACCUCAACCUUCACUCUAAACUGUUUCAAGUAGUAUUUAAACACUAAUGUUUUGCUAUCACUUGUUAAAUACAGCUGAUCUGAACAGUAAUAAAGGCAGAAGUGGAGUACAGUACGGUGACGGUAACAAUCAUAAACCUGUUAAUUGCCGUUCUUUUUUUUUUUUCCUGGUGUAAAAGAAAAAUGAAAAAAGUGUUCUCCAUGUUUUGUCUUUUGGGUGAAAAAUAAAAAACAAUACCAGCCUUUUUAUGUUAUAAGCUGUGACAUAUUACACUAUAUCUGAAUAUAACGUGAGAUGCAAAAGUAGACCAACCAGCUUUACAUCAGACUUGUCACUUGAGCCAAACUCCACUACGUCCCUUGUUUUUUUUUUUUGCUUGCCUGCCUAAAACAAUGAGCAACUUUGAUCCCAGCAGAAUUCCACAUUAUCUUCCCCGUGUCCCCCUGAAAACCGCCACUUUAUUUUCCACAUUGAUGCUAUUGUACCACAUUCAUGGCAAAUAAAAGGAUGGGAAUGCA